UUCAACUUUCUUGUCUGAAAAGCAGAGUUUUAAUUGUUUUUUAUCUUCUAAGAUAAACAUCUGGCCACAACUAUGGAUUCUUCAUCAACUAAAUGGUUAUCUGAAUUGGGAAUGGAUGAAUACAACAUCAUCCACCAAUGUCAUAUGAACUCUUUAGCUGAACUGGCCACCGCAGAUGAUUUUGCGACGGCCAUGGUCGAAGGGAAUUUGAAGCAAUCAUUCUCUUCCGAGAGCUAUUCGUCUUACACCAAGAACGCCGACACUUUUAGCGGUUCAUCAUCCAUUGAAACUCCUGAUUACAAACCUGCAAAACAUCUCAAAACCACCCGUCAUGUUCCAAUUAAACCUUCCUCUCCCACCUCUCAAAUGCUUUCGUUUGACAACUCCACUUCACUGCCAUCUACCUCUCCUCACCACUUUUAUAAUAUUGACAACUCUUUCAACAACCCUAAAGACGAGACAGUAUCCUCCGGAAAUAUGGACUUUUCACCUCUCGUCAACACAAAUUAUGGACCAAAAACCAAUAGUAAUCAUGGGAUCAAGAGGACUCACUCGAUGACAAGAACCCCUUCGCUGGCUCAAGAUCACAUCAUGGCUGAGAGAAAGAGAAGAGAAAAACUUAGCCAGCGUUUCAUAGCUCUCAGCGCAAUCGUUCCCGGCUUGAAGAAGAUGGAUAAAGCUUCAGUUCUUGGGGAUGCUAUCAAGUAUGUGAAACAACUUCAAGAACGAUUAAAGGUGCUGGAGGAGCAAACCAAGAAGAGAACCGUGGAAUCUGUAGUUUUUGUGAAGAAAUUCAAGUUAUCGGCUGACGAUGAAUCUUCUUCAUGCGAUGACAACUCCGAAGGGCAGGCGACUGAUGCAGCACUGCCUGAAAUCGAAGCUAGAGUCUCCGACAACGAUGUUCUCAUCCGAAUCCAUUGCGAGAGACACAAAGGCUUCGUGGUCAAAAUACUAAGCGAAAUAGAGAACCUUCAUCUAUCUGUUGUUAAUAGCAGUGCCUUGCCUUUUGGGAACUCCACUCUCGACAUAACCAUAAUUGCCAAGAAAGAUUCUGAAUUCAAUAUGACAGUGAAGGAUCUUGUUAAGGACAUUAGAGUGGCUUUAUUGAAGUUCAUGUGACACCAGUUUCUGCAUCCUUGAUUCUAAUUUCCACAAAUAUCUUUAAGUUAAUUUUCUUUGUUUUCUUUUCCCCUCUAAUCUUCUAAGGGAAACCAAGGCUCUCAUAAAUCUAUUCUUCUUUUUUAGACCAUAUCUCCACCUUGUUCCCAAAAUCUUGGGUUUUCUCUGUGAGGUGCAGCCUACAUGGUACGGGGUUUUUCUUCUAUUCUCGUUUUUUUGCGUGGCUUACAAGUGAGAUCACGUUUAUUUCCUCGGACGCAAGGCUUACAAAAUUCACUGAUUUUGGUUUCUUAGAGAGCUUAGAGAUUUCAUCAACAUUGAUGCAGUAUCAGUGAAAUCUCUCUCUUCUCUACGAAUUUGAUCGAACAUCAUAAUCUUUUUUAUAUUGGUCUAUGCUUAUCUACAUAUUGGGAAGAUAGUCUGUGGUUUCUCUUAGAAUUGGGUCUGUGGUUUCUCUUAGAAUUGGGUCUGGCUUUUUUCGUCCUUUUUUUUCCAGGGGUCCGUGGUUUGUGUGAAAUUCCCGUGUAAAAUGUAAGAUUUAUUUGCCACUUUCUCCAAAA